AUGAGAAAAAAGCCUAGCUCCCCUUAUGCUGAAUUAAUCGAAGCUAAUAAAAAAAUAUUAAAAGAAGAUGGAAAAUAUUUAGAUUACCAGAAUCUUCCUAUUCCUUAUAGUUAAUCAUAUCAACAGCUUACUUAAUUUCGUAUUCCUUAAUAUUUUGAGUUGUUACAUUAUAAAAAUUAGAAAAAAACUGAAAUUCAUCAAGAAUUUAAUCAACCUUUUGUUAAUCAAAACAAUACUUCAGCUGAGCGUAUUCUUUUAUUAAUAUUAGCAAAUCCAAAAAGACAGUAAUAAAAUAUAAUAAAAAGAAAGCCUUUUUCCAUGAGCAGAUUUCAAACUGCAUAAUUAGAAAGGUACUAUGUAUAAAAGAAUAAAGUAAUUAGAUCUCAUCUGGUUCUUUUAAACGAGCAAAUUAUACUCUAAAUAAAAUUUUAAGUAGUCUUCCUUUGAGUCAAUUACAUUAGAUUCAUGAAGCAAAGUAGGAAAAUAUUCAGGUUCUGAUUUAAAAAAGAAGGAAUAAAUAAAUGAGAAAGUUUACUCCUAAAUACAAUCUUAAAACAGAUUCAUAAAUGGCUCAAUUUUUUGGGUCAUCGAGUAUUAAUUUAAAAUAAAUUUUAUAGACAUUUUCCCUACGUAAUCUACAUUUAGAUUAAAAACCCUUUAAUGAUUUAAAAAUUGAC